AUGCGUGGUGUGUUGGUAGAGAGGAGACAGUUCCAACAACCAGGGAGGGUAGUGCUGGUGAGACAAAGAAAUAUGAUUGUGUCGCAGAAAGAUGGACAGGAUUGGUGGAAAAUUGAACCCAAAUACUCUACUAAAGUUCUCAUUGGAAACUGGCUGGAAGAGAGGAAAAGGUUUACAAAAGACACCUGGAAGCUCAGCAGCAGCAUAUACAGAACAGACUUCAUUUGCUUCCCAGAUCACAAACCAGACCCAACAAUAAGGAGAACCAUGAUGGAAAAAUAUGAGGGCCUGCCAAUGCAGCACUUCUUCACCCAUCACAAGGAACCAAGAAGCCGAAAUUUAGUAUCGGAGUAUGAUGAUAAAUACAAUAGACCCGGUUACAACCCUGUGCUGCCUCCCCUCCGCAGCUGGAACGGACGCAAGUUUGCCUGGAUUCCUGAGAAAUCAGAUUUCCCCAUUCUUGAACCACCCACCAACUAUGGCCUUCUCAAGCACCUGAUGAAACAAUGGCACAAGGAAGAGGCUGGACUGAUGAACAGUGUCUACAGCGUUUCCUAUGAAAGCCCACCGAUCUCUGCUUUUGCUAAGCGUCAACUGAGACAAACAGCUAAAACUCAUGACCUCGCUUCCAAACAGGGACGUUUUCCCCGAAACAUCAGUAGAAUCCUGGACUGUGAAGGGGGUCAGAAAUAUCUGCAAGCCAUUGACCAACUGGCGAGAGAGAAAAGCAAGGGAUGCCUCUGUGUAAACUGCUUAGGGUGA